CCCAAAAUAUAUAAAUAAUUGUAAUGAACUGAUCUCUUAAAUUAUAUAGGAAACAAAUUGUGGGGUACAAUUGUAGUUGUAAGCUAAUCUUUUUUCUUAAGAUAGUAUACUCUUUGUAAAAAACAAAAACUAGAGUUACAAAUGGAAGUUACAAGUGUACUUGACUGUGUAUCUGCUUAUGUAUACACCUUUACUGAGAUUAUUAUUUCUUUAAACAGCUUUACUCUCUAAUCACCUUUCAUUUUACCCCAAAGAAUUCCAUUGCCCAUUUCUUAUAGAACAGGUUUAGUGGUAAAAAAUUCCCUAGUUUUUAUUUAUCUGGAAAUAUCUUAAUGCCACCCUCACUUUUAAAAGAGAGAUUUUCUGGAUAUAGGAUUCUUGGUUGGCAGUUACUUUUUUCCUUCAGCACAUUAACUUUAUAUAUACAUUUGCUGCUUUCUCCAAAAGUUUCCAAAGUUUCUGAUGAGAAAUUUCCAGUAAUCUUAUUGAAGAUUAUGAGCAUGUUAUGAGUCAUUUUUUUUCUUGCUGCUUUUGAUAUUCUCAUUGUGUUUUGGGCUUUCAAUUGAGUGUGGUACAUUUCAGUGUGGAUCUUUUGUGCUCAUCCUGCUUGGAGGGUUGUAAGCUUGUUGGAUUAUUCAUGUCCUCUUCAAAUUGGGGAAGUUUUUGACCAUUAUCUUUUCAAAUAAUUACUGUUGUUUCUAGAACUCCCACAAUGGAUAUUUUUGGUUCAUUUGGUGUUCCACAGGUCGCUAAGGCUCUAUUUCCAUUUCCUCAAUUUUGUUGUUGUUGUUAUUUCUCAGACUUAAUAAUUUUACUUAUCCUGUCUUCGUGACCAUUGAUUCUUUUGUCUGCCAAAUCUUUGAAUUCCUCUUAUUUUGGACUUCAGUGGUAGUGAUUUUUCAGCUCCAAAAUUUCCUUUUGGUUUUCUUAGGCUUUUCUUUAUUGAUGUUUCUUUUUUCCUUUUUUUCAGUACCGGAGAUCGAACUCAAGACCUUGUGCUUGCGAGGCAAGCAUGGUGCCACUGAGCUAAAUCCCAGGCCUGAUAUUUCAAUUUUAUUCACACAUCCUUUUCUUGACUUUGUCCACAUGUUCCUUGAGCAUUUUUAAGACUGUUAUUUUAAAGUCUGACUUGCAGAGCUACCUCUGGUCUUUCUCAGGAAUAGUUUCUGAUGGUUUGUGUUCCUCCUUCGUUGUUGUCGUCGUCGUUGUCCUCCUCCUCCUCCCCCCCUCCCUCUUUCCCCUCCUCUCCCCGUAUUCUCUUCCCCCUUCCUCUUCCUCUUCCUCUUCCUCCUCCUCCUCCUCCUCGUCCACCUGGGAAUUGAACCCAGCGCCUUCACACAGAGCUACAUUCCCAGAUGUUUUAAAAUUUUAAAUUUGGAGUCAGAAUCUCUCUGGGUUACUAAGUUGCCCAGGCUGGGCUGAAACUUGUGAUCUGCCUGCCUCAGCCUCCCCCAUCACUGGCAUUAUAAACAUGUGCCAGUCUGCCCAGAGCGCUUCUCAUCUUAAUCUUUCUCUUCUACCUAUUGUUAUUUAGAAUUUUGGGUAGUUUUUUUUCUUUUUUGGUACCAGGAAUCGAACUCAGGGUGUUGCGCUUGCCAGGCAGGUGCUAUGCCCUAAACUACACCCCCGGCCCUGUUAUUUAGAAUGUAUUUUUGUAUAUAGGAAAAAAUCGGUUCAGGCCGUUAUCAUUCUGAAUUAAGUUAAGAGCUAAGCUUGAUUGAAAAUGUUUGUCUUCCAAUAAAAUAUACCAGAUUUGGCCACACCCCGGUAGAAGAAAGUUUCGGCUGCCUGGCCAAGGACAAUGGUAUCUAUGUGGUGGCAAAUAUAGGGGACAAGAAGCCGUGCAAUGCCAGUGACCCCCAGUGUCCUCCCGACGGGACGGCCAUUACCAGUACAACACCAAGGUGGUGUUCGAUUCUCAGGGAAAGCUGGUGGCCCGCUACCAUAAGGAAGUGGCAUCUAUGCACCAGAUUUUCCAAGAACAUUUCAUUACGAUAUGAAGACCCAGGAGGGAAAACUCCUGUCCCAGCUGGAUUCCCAUCCAUACCGCCCCGUAGUGAAUUGGACUUCUUAUGCCAGCAGUAUAGAAGCCCUCUGGACAGGGAACCGGGAAUUUAAAGGAACUGUCUUUUUUGACGAAUACAUCUUUGUGGAGCUGAAAGGAAUCACAGGAAAUUACACAGUUUGCCAGAAAGAUCUUUGCUGUCAUCUAAGCUACCAGAUGUCUGAGAAGAGGUCAGAUGAAGUUUAUGCCUUAGGAGCAUUUGAUGGGCUGCAUACUGCUGAAGGACGCUAUCAUCUACAGAUUUGCACCCCGCUGAAGUGUAAAACCCCUGAUAUACAGAGCUGUGGUGGCUCAGUUGACACCGCUGCUACCAGGUUCGAGAUGUUCUCCCUCAGUGGUACUUAUGGGACCCAGUAUGUCUUUCCUGAGGUUUUGCUGAGCAAAGUUCAGCUUGCACCCAGAGAAUUUCAGCCAAACGCUUGCUUAGUAGGAACAUCCAGCUCGCCCGAGUGUCCAUGACUCCAACAGAGACUUCCGGGGGAGAACUGCUGAAGCCUUGAUAGUGAAACCACCAGAGCACUGGAUGUCCUUA